CACCUGCAAUUUUCUUAUUUGUUUUCACGUCUCACAGUAUUUCAGCAAAAAAAAAAAAAAAACACUGAAAUCAUUCAAGCAAUCUCCUCUGACUCCAAAGGGGUCAAAUUCAAAUUAGUACAUAAAUCCACCUAAUCUCGAUGCAGGCUGCUGAAUGUACCUGGACACACUUCGAAAUGCUUAGGCCACUUUGCUUUAAAUCCCCAUCCACAACGCCCUUAUUUUCUAAUUUCUCCAAGCAUUUCCAAAAGGGUUUUUCCGAUUCUUCUUUCUUUAGGUCUAAUAGGAGAAUCAGCAAUUACCCAUCUUUCAUGGCUACCAUCUCCUCCCUUUCCACCCACAAAGACCCUGUUUCUACUCAUGAUGCCACUCCCAAUAUCACCCACCAACCAGUUCAGGUUGCAAAGCGAUUGGAGAAGUUCAAGACUACGAUUUUUACUCAGAUGAGUAUGCUUGCAAUCAAGCAUGGAGCAAUAAACCUUGGCCAAGGGUUCCCCAACUUUGAUGGUCCAGAUUUUGUAAAAGAAGGGGCAAUUCAAGCCAUUAAAGAUGGGAAAAACCAAUAUGCUCGAGGAUAUGGGGUUCCAGACUUUAACAACGCCAUAGCUGCUCGCUUCAAGAAGGAUACCGGACUUGUGAUUGACCCUGAGAAGGAAGUUACUGUUACCUCUGGGUGCACAGAAGCUAUUGCUGCAACCAUGUUAGGCUUGAUUAAUCCAGGUGAUGAGGUGAUCCUCUUUGCUCCAUUUUAUGAUUCUUAUGAAGCGACAUUAUCCAUGGCUGGUGCCAAAGUAAAAUGCAUCACAUUGUGCCCUCCGGAUUUUGCUGUUCCUAUUGAUGAGCUUAAGUCCACUAUCUCAAAAAACACUCGUGCCAUUCUUAUAAACACUCCACAUAAUCCAACGGGGAAGAUGUUUACUCGUGAGGAACUUAAUACAAUUGCAUCGCUAUGCAUUGAGAAUGAUGUUUUGGUUUUUACUGAUGAAGUUUAUGAUAAAUUAGCAUUCGAAAUGGAUCACAUUUCAAUGGCAUCCCUUCCUGGAAUGUAUGAGCGAACUGUAACUAUGAACUCCUUGGGGAAGACGUUCUCUCUAACUGGGUGGAAAAUCGGGUGGGCUAUAGCUCCACCACACUUGACUUGGGGAGUGCGGCAAGCGCACUCAUUCCUUACUUUUGCUACUUCCACUCCCAUGCAAUAUGCAGCUACAGUUGCUCUCCAAGCCCCCGAUUCCUACUUUGCUGAGCUAAAGAGAGAUUACAUGGCAAAGAAGGCAAUUUUGGUGCAGGGUUUGAAGGAUGUUGGUUUUAAAGUAUUCCCAUCAAGUGGAACAUACUUUGUUGUUGUAGAUCACACCCCUUUUGGUCUAGAGAAUGAUAUCGCAUUUUGCGAGUAUCUGAUCAAGGAAGUCGGAGUUGUGGCAAUUCCUACUAGUGUAUUUUACUUGAACCCGGAAGAUGGAAAGAAUUUGGUCAGAUUUACCUUCUGCAAGGAUGAAGAAACUUUGAGGUCUGCAGUUGAGAGGAUGAAGGAAAAGCUGAAGAAAAAGUGAUUAAAUGUAUCGGAACUAGGUUUAUCGGCCAAGGUAUGUGACUAAAUUUGGCUAUGAGAACUUGUAAUCCUUGAAAAUCAAACUGGAGGUUGAGUAAUGACUCAAACCAAACCUAUAAAUUUUAUUCGAAUAAUAGAAUUCAUCGUAGGAGUGACUUCAAGCAA